AUGAAGGAACGCUACACCACGCUGUCACAUUGUUGGGGCAGGAUCGAAAUCAUCAAGCUGAUCCAGGCCAACUAUGCCCAACUCACCGACCCGUCCGUUGGCGUGAACUGGGACAAGCUCACCAAGACCUUCCAAGACGCCAUCACCGUGACCAGGGCCCUCGGGGUCAAGUACAUCUGGAUCGACUCACUCUGUAUCGUCCAGUGGGAUGGCGAGAAGGCGCCUGGGGAUUUCAAGACAGAGGGGCAGCUGAUGCAUCUUGUGUAUAGGAAUAGCUUCCUCAACCUUGCCGGCGCUGACUCCAAGGAUGGAAGCCAGGGGCUCUUCAGGUCGUACGAAAAGAACCCCAGACAGAGGGUGUUGCAUGAACCUGUCAAGAUCGAGGGUGGGCGUGGGAUAGCGGGGGAGUGGUACAUCCUCCCAAAAGACUACUGGCGCCACGAGCUACUCGACAAAAUCCUUUACACCAGAGGCUGGGUCUUCCAAGAGCGCAUGCUCGCUCCCCGAAUCCUCCACUUCUCCACCCAUCAACUCCUCUGGGACUGCGCAACCCUCUCCGCUUCCGAGUCCCUCCCCCAAGGCCUCCCCCGACAAAUCGACACCAUCUCCGCCACCGAACGCCACUGGCGAGAGCGCCUCCUCCUCAUGCGAUCAACCCCCGCUAAUCAGCCCGCUCUUAUUAGAGCCGGAACAGCAGAUGACUCCCUCGAAACCUUCUGGAUAGAUUCUGUCAGAAAUUACACCCGUUGCGAACUAACAAACUACAUCUCCGACCGCCUCCAAGCCAUAUGGGGCGUCGCAAAGGUUGUGCGGGACGGGCUAAGGGAAGAGGGCUCUUGGGAUGAGAACGACCACCAAGAGGAGGAGUACGCCGCUGGUUUGUGGAGCAAGAAUUUGUACCUUCAGUUAGCAUGGAGGGUGGUUAACCCGAGGUUGAGGGAGGAGACGAGAUUGCCUGGGUUGCAGGGGAUACACCCCAGUUGGUCGUGGGCGUCGACUAUAGGGGAGAUUUCUCUCCAAUCGAGGCUUCGGCUGGCGGGGACUUGGUACCGGGUUAGGCACCAUGACGGGGGGGAGGUUAGGUUUGAGGUGAAGUGUCUUGGUGAUGUGGAGGGGAGUCCGGAGUUGGCGGCUAGAGGGGUGGAGCCGAAGAGGGAUCACCAGCCUGAGUUGGUUGGUAAGAAGCUUGCGGUCAGGGGGGUGACGGUGAGGGGGUGCUGGGAUCAAAAGACACAAGGGGUUCGGGUAUCAGUGGUGGAUGUGGCAGUGGUGAAGAGAUUUGACUUUUUCCCGGAUGUCGUCUUGGAGGAGGGGAGGGAGGUGUAUUUGCUCGUGCUAUCGGCGCAUGAAACGGACGAGCAUGGGCAAUUGGUGAUGGUGGAUGAUUCGGCUUCUGGAUCUGAAGUGUCAUGGAGGAAGCCAAAGGUGACGUAUAAUUCUGGGACCGGGCUGAUGCUAGAAGGGGGUGGGGGCGUUGAAAAUGAGUAUAAGCGCAUUGGAGCGUUCCGUUUCCAGGGGCUGGGGAAAGAUGAUAUGAGGGUCGUAGUCGACGAGACGGGAGUCAAGAAUAUUUGGGUUCUGUGA